GCAUUAUAUGGUACAGUGGCAUGUCUUGAAUCGGGGUUGAUUUCUUGUGACGGCAAACUCAUGGUUGCUUUCGUCGCGCUUUUGAAUUAGAUCAAACCGUCAACAUGCUAAUGAACGCGCAGAUAAACCACGGCGCGACAAAUGGAUACUCAUCUCGAUGUUACAGAUGCAACAGGAUGGAUUCACUGCAGCCCUGCAACUUUUGCGAACACGCAAUCUGUUCGAAUUGUCGACAACACUGCUCAACUUGCAAUAACGAGUUCUGCGGAACGUGUUCCACCAUAGACUAUUCAAGCCAUAUAGAACGCACGUUCUGCCUAUCGUGCUCAUCUCAAUAGAACCACCUCCCCAUUACAAUUUCGGCUAUCCUGCCUCCUGUUACCCGGUACUGAACGAUUGUAUAUAUAUGAUUUGCAGAAAAUGUGAUAUUUUAAAAAACAAAGAUUUCAUUAUUUUAAAUAACGCGCA